GGGCACCCGUGAGCACCGGAAGGUGUUGUGCUAUACAUUCCAUGUUACGCUGCCAACCGUGACAUCUCUACGACCCAGCCGUUUGCACGCUUACAGGCCUCACUCGUGUUGCUGUGAAUUUUCGUAAAACAAAAUUUUCGCGCUGUUUAACUUCGACCGUAGGCUUGUUGGGUUACCCAGCACUGGUGGCGACGUCGAACCAUCGUCAAAGCAAGAUUAUCAACGCAGCGCAGGCUCGACAUCAGUGCCGCGAACGCGAGUGGAGACCGAAUGCAAAUAUUUCGUCGCGAAACUAAUGAUAAUUCGCGGUUUCCGAGCAACGGUGUAAUGUGAACGUACGAUUCCCAGAGGCAUUGACAGCCCGUUCGGGCUCCGGUGGACCGUCGUGCUCGACGGCACAGGUACAUCGGCUUCGGGCGUGGCUCGUCGGUUUGGGCUUUGGCAUUGAUGGAUGCGGUGCAGUUUGGCGGUUUUCGUGAGUGGUCAAACGCACUGUUCUCGAAGCGCUUCGCCCCCCGACAAGCAAAUCCGGAGCCUUACCGCUUGGAUGGAGCGGACAUGGUAUCAUAUUCGAUCUUGGUGCGUUUGGCUUUUUUCUUAUCUUAUCCUCAUUGCCGACGUCCUGAUGUUUUGUUCAGACGUCAUUUAUGUGUGGUGAAAUUGCCCAAUAUCGGCAGCGUUCAACGCUCGCCCUUUAGCUUACCUCGACACAGCCCACCCCACCCGACCAGUAUAGGUGUGAUGAAAUCGCCACACGCUAGCAGUGUUCAUCUCACCUCUUUUCUCGCACCAACCCCCAUCCUGUCGUUUCGGCUCCAUGCAUCUUCGGUCGCUUUCGCUAUGCCACCUACCGCCCAUCCUGGCAUGCCUCGCUUCCAACAACAUUUUCACGAACCCCUUUCUUUUUUUCAGGUACAAUACUACCAAGGUGCAAAAAAAAAUCGUGCUGAUGUUAUAUACCAUAGUGGUGGUGGUGGCAGUGGUGGAAAAGGCGCCAAAGGUUUACCAUAAAUGAUUCCAGUAUCUAAAUAUCAAAUGACAAAACUCAUUAGCCCCACGAAAAACAACCACACUCCACAUUAUGAAAUCAGAACUGAAAAUGUUAAUGGUUAUCUGCACACCACGC